GCAGAUCUGCAGAGUUCUUUUGGUCCCUGUCUGGCCAGGACAGUGCCCAGCAGCACGAGCUGCCCAUGGGCACUGCCCUCUGCUGUGCGGGUGCCCAUGGGAGGCACUCAGGGCAAGCAGCUGCCUUGCAGGCCCAGUCUGCCCUGAGCCCUGGGGCUGGUUUGGUCAGCUUCCCCUGCCAUUAGCCCCCUCAGUGGGGACACAGGGGGCUCCCCGAGGAGCUCCAGGCUCCAAGUCCCAGCCCCUCUAGGAGGAGGCGGUGGCCAAGGCUCAGCAGCCAGAGGCUUCUCAGCUCGGAGCUCCAGAGCCAGAUGUAACAUUGACCUUAAAUGGUAAAAGCUCCCCAGAGUGAAGAGAGGCUGGCCAGAAGAGGAAAGGGGAAUAACUCAGUUUUAGCCUGCGGAGCCCAGGCCUCUUGGAGCAUCUUUGGGGCUGACGCCGCGGAGGUUCCGGGCACACGGGGCCACUCCUGCCAGGAGGCUGCCAUGCCCCACAUUCCCGAGGACGAGGAGCCCCCUGGAGAGCCACAGGCAGCCCAGAGCCCCGCCGGCCAAGGCCCUCACACUGCAGAAAUAUCCUGCAGUCCACCUACCAUCAUCCUGACUGGGGAGGCCAGUUCACCAGAAGGAGAAACUGAUAAAAACCUAGUCAACAGAGCUCACAGUCCCCAUAGGAGGCUUUCUCACCGAAACUUGAAGGUUUCCACUGUUUCGCUGACUUCUGUGGACCCUUCAGGGCACAUUAUUGACCUGGUACAUGACCAGCUGCCAGAUAUCAGCAUCUCAGAGGAGGACAAAAAGAAAAACCUGGCGCUGCUGGAAGAAGCCAAGUUGGUGAGUGAACGAUUCCUGACUCGCCGCGGGAGGAAGUCCAAGAGCUGCCCCGGAGACUCCCAGUCAGCUGUUGCCUUGAACCUCAGCCCCGGAGCUUCUCCCGCAUCCUCUCAAACCAACUCGCUUACUGUUCCCACGCCGCCUGGUUUGGAUGCAUGCAGUGGCCCAGAGUCUCCUUUGCUUGGAGCACCACCACAGCAGAAGGGGGAUGAGGCCGAAGUCUCUUCACCUCAUCUUGGCGAGCCUAAGAAUGUCUCCAAAGGGCUAGCUGACCGGAAGCAGAAUGACCAGAGGAAAGUGUCUCAGGGCAGGCUGACUCCUCGUUCUCCCACAACUGAGAAGUCCAAAGAAAUUGCAAUUGAACAAAAGGAAAACUGUGAUCCCCUCCAGUGCUCUGAGGCCACACACAAGGGCUCAGCUUCCAGCAUAGGCAGUGGUGGGAAAAUGGCCUUGAAUAGCCCUCAGCCUGGUCCUGCUGAAAAUGACCUGGGAAAGGUGCUUCUGAAGACGGCCAGGGAGGGCAACCCUCUGCCUAGAGGUCCAGCCCAGGGUUCUGGAGGGGCAGCUCCCCUGGCCCCCCAGGAAAAAGGUACAGCUGGAGAGCCGACAGGGUCAAAGUUUGGCUCCAAAGCUGAGCUACGGUCCCCUGCUUCUCGGCCACCCCUAUUGAGGGGGGUCUCCUGGGACAGUGGUCCUGAAGAACCUGGCCCCCGGCUGCAGAAAGUGCUUGCCAAGCUGCCUCUGGCAGAGGAAGAGAAGCGUUUUUCGGGCAAAGCUGGCAGCAAGCUGGCCAAGGCACCUGGACUCAAAGACUUUCAGAUACAAGUGCAGCCAGUGAGGAUGCAGAAACUGACUAAGCUCCGAGAGGAGCACAUCCUGAUGAGAAAUCAGAACUUAGUGGGGCUCAAGCUUCCAGACCUUAGCGAAGCAGCUGAGCAGGAAAAAGGGCUCCCUUCUGAACACUCCUCAGGUAUUGAGGAAGAUGAGUCAAAGAGUGGCUUGGAUGUCAUGCCCAAUAUUUCUGACAUGCUGCUGCGCAAACUGCGGGUCCACAGAUCUCUUCCUGGAAGUGCCCCUCCGCUCACUGAAAAGGAAGUUGAGAACGUGUUUGUACAACUGUCCUUGGCCUUUAGAAAUGACAGCUACACUCUGGAAUCUAGAAUUAACCAGGCUGAAAGGGAACGUAACCUGACAGAAGAGAACACAGAGAAGGAACUGGAAAACUUCAAAGCUUCCAUUACGUCCUCAGCUUCACUAUGGCACCACUGUGAGCACCGGGAGACCUACCAGAAACUGCUGGAGGACAUUGCUGUCCUGCACCGCUUGGCUGCCCGCCUCUCCAGCCGAGCUGAGAUGGUGGGGGCCGUCCGCCAGGAAAAGCGUAUGUCAAAGGCAACAGAGGUAAUGAUGCAGUAUGUGGAGAAUCUGAAGAGGACGUAUGAGAAGGACCAUGCAGAGCUCAUGGAGUUUAAAAAACUUGCAAAUCAGAAUUCAAGCCGCAGCUGCGGCCCCUCUGAAGAUGGGGUCCCUCGAACAGCGCGGUCCAUGUCCCUCACACUGGGAAAGAACAUGCCCCGUCGGAGGGUCAGUGUUGCAGUGGUUCCCAAGUUUAAUGCCCUGAACAUGCCUGGCCAAUCUUCCAGCUCAUCACCCAUCCCCUCCUUACCAGCCCUGUCAGAAUCAACCAAUGGGAAAGGCAACCUACCUGCCACCUCAGCACUGCCUGCACUUUUGGAAAAGGUCUGCACAUAUCCUGCAACCUCCCCCGAGGAUGAUCUCCCCUCUGCUACAGAUAUGGCUGACUUUUCACCUUUCAGUGGAAAGACAAAUGCAGACCCAGAUUGUGAAGCCUCUGCUCCCAUGCCAACUUUGAGCUGCGUGGAGAUUAGCCAGGAGACCACGGCCAGGAUGGAGGAAGAAGCUUACAACAAGGGAUACCAGGAAGGUCUAAAGAAGACCAAAGAGCUUCAAGACCUGAAAGAAGAGGAAGAAGAACAGAGAGGUGAGAGUCUUGAGGAAGCUGAAGAGGCAGAAGAAACUGAGGAAGAGGAAAAGAACCAAAGAAGCAGCAAACUUGAAGAAUUGGUUCAUUUCUUACAAGUCAUGUAUCCCAAACUGUGUCAGCACUGGCAAGUCAUCUGGAUGAUGGCCACAGUGAUGCUGGUCUUGACUGUUGUGUUGGGACUCUACAGUUCCUAUAACUCUUGUGUGGAGCAGGCUGAUGGGCCCCAUGGGAGAUCAACUUGCUCGGCAGCCCAGAGGGACUCGUGGUGGAGCUCAGGACUCCAGCAUGAGCAACCUGCAGAGCAGUAGGAAAUCUGACACCCAGUCAGUGCCCUGCUCCAGCACAUAGCUGACUGCUCUUUUCCCAAGCAUAUGUUUCAGGCCAGUUGUGGGCAUGCUGGCACCAGCCUAUCAGGAAAUAAGCAGGGUUCUUUCAUACUCAGCAACCGUGUGGGAGCUAUGCAUACACAGUAACUGAUGUUUUUGGAGGAUCAACAAAACUGCCCUGGGAACACUUCUGGCGGAUGAAGUCACCUUCACCAAGGAACUCUAACAGAAGGGAAAGUCAUCUGCCCCUAGCUCAGAUGGCAGGGGGAAAGAAAACACCUUCACUGCAGAAAACAGUAAGAAGUUCACUCUCCCUCCCCUUUUUCCUCUCUGUAGUCAGAAAUCAAGAAGAAUUAUGCCCAAAGGCUAACUCUGACCUUGAGGAUCAGACCUAGAAUUUGGAGUCAACAUGAAUAUCAUCCCAUUUCCCAUCUCAUUCUCACUGACUCUUCUUCAGCCUCCCUGCCUCCCCUUUGGAACCAGAGUUUCUCUUUACAGAAGUAGGGAAGGUUUCUCAGAAAAAUAUUUAGGCUGAAUUUAGAUCAGUGCUUGAAAUGAAAUGGGAAGAUGUGAGUUAACAUAUAUGCAUCUGUAUGCACACACAGCACACAUACACACAGCAUGCAUGUGCAUGAAGCCAACAACCCUCCAAACGUGUGCUCUAGGUGUGUGUUCUGGAUAAAACAACCCACAGAUUUUUCACUAGGUGUGGGGCAGUCACCAGGCACCUGUUCAAUGAGCUCUCCACAUUGAUUUAAGAUGUUUGAAGACACUGAAAACUCAUGGCUGCAACAGUGAACUUGCUGGUCGCCAUUUCAAGUGCUAAUUCUAAGCUGUUGUACAACAAUCUAUUCCCUAUUUGUCCUCUACCAUUGAGAACCCACCUCUCAUGUGUGAUUUCAGCCCUCGUGUGCCCACAACCACAUGUGCAGUUGCACCUUAGUGCUUCAGUUCAAAUGGGUUUUCCAGCCCAAGUACACAUUUCAGAGCAUUCUAGUUGUUCAGCAUAAAACUGAGGGAGCACAUCCCAUUUCCAAUUUGACUUCUUGCUCCACCUUUACGGCCACUGCCUUCAUUCAUCCCUUAUCAGUUUUGAGGGGUGUUGGUUUCUUGUGGGUUUUAUUGUUCUGCUCUUGUUUUUGUUUUGUUGUUGAUGUUGUUUGUUUUGUUGCUAACACUCAUAUAGAACUUACUAUGAGCCAAACACUGUUCUAUGUAUUAUAUAGGUAUUAAUUCAUUUAAUCCUCCAAAAAAAAAAAAAAGAAGAAAAGAAAAGAAAAAACAAUGAGGUGGGUACCACCCUCCCCAUUUUCAGAUAAGGAAACUGAAGCACAAAAAAACACAACUAACUUGCCAAGGACAUCCAGUUAGUAAAUUAUGGGCCUGGAACUCAUAUCCAGGCAGACUGGCCCCUGCACAAAAUUGCCUUUUCCAGUGGUCUCCUAACUGCAUGCCUUAUGUUUCACUCCCACUUCCCCAAGUAGCCCUCCAACCACUCCAAACUAUUUCUGGUUCCCAGACUAAACUGUUUUCUCAUAGUUCUGUUCCUCCACUCACUAGUUUUUCUUUUGCCAUUCUCCUCUUUUCUGCUGGUCACCCUUCAGGACCAAGUGCAAAAAUUAUCCCUGACGCACAGGCUUUGAUGACUUCCUUCCAACUUCCUACCAUACCCCACAUAAUAGGUUACACCCUCCUCUGCUGACACUUUUUAAACAUCUUCAUUAUUUACUAUUGUGACAGUAUAUCACAAUGACUUAUUUAAGUGUCUGUCUCCCUAUUUUUCCUCAAAGACAAGAACCAUAUCUUACCCAUUCUCUGGGGUAAGUACCUAGCAUGAUGGCUGCUGAUGCAUGGGAGGGUGUUAUUAAAUGUUGAUCAAAAGAACAAGUGAGCAUUCAAGGUUGUGGAGAGUAGCCUGGGGAAGCUGACAUUUUGCAUACCUCCCAGUUCUAGCACCAUCAUUGCCACUAUCUCAGUGAGAAAAAUAACAUCUUUAUUAGCUUCAAUUUAUUCUAAUAUUUUUCAGUCUACUCUGUGAGAGAGCAGAAAUGAGACCUAACUAGCAACACAAUUUCCAAGCUCAAGGACUGGGCUUGAUGCAACCACUCCUAUCAGAAAGACCCACCUAGAUCAGCCCUACUAUAAAACAGCAUGCUGUUGUUGCAGAGGGGAGGAGGUGGGGAGCAGGGGCGGGGAGGGUAAUGGCAUCCUUUACAGUGACUAAAAAACCACUGUGAGAGAAGCCCAAGCCAGGGUUGACCAAGAAAGUGCCAUUAAGGUAAAGAGGUGUAGAUCAAAGCAGAGGGACUUUGGGGAUUUGGAUGGAUGGUUUUCCCUGCCUAUUCCAGGGGGACUGGACACACUGAAAAAUCUUUUAGGCCCUCAGAGCCACAGACACGAUGCAAAUGGAGCUCCAGAGACAGUAGCUGUGGGGCAGGACUCUAUACUGGCAAUGUCCAGUCUUAGCCUCCCUUAUAGAAGGACCAGGCUGAACUGGCCCAUUGUCCACUUGGCCACAGGGUUCCAACCUUUGUUACCAAUUAAAACAAAGGUCAGGAGAACAGCUACAGUGAGCUCCUGAACCUCCAGCUGCUCCACAGAAAAACCUUCAAGAGUACUUCCAGACAUAGGCCCUCACCCAAAGUGCUCUAUGAGUAAGAGAGGUUGAAGAAAAGAACUGUAAGAGUAACCACAUUUCCAAGGGCAUUCCUGAAAAAGUACUCACUGGCAUUUCUUUUUUGAAAAGCAAAGAUCAAUCUGAAGCAGUUGGAAUGUUUCCAAAGCAGCAAUGAAAUGGAGAGAAAUGGCCCCUGUAUUUCCAAUGGUGAUAUUGAUCUAAAAUAAAAGUUCCCCUCAAAAUGUCUCUGAAGUCUGACAUUUCUGCUUAGCCCUAGGACUCUGGGUACCUACCUUGAGUUUCAGAGUGAUGUGUUGUUUGUGUCAUUUUUGUUAUCACUUCUUAAAAGGGCCUUCACUUUCUGGCUACCACAAAAUCCUGUGUACAGCCUGGAAGAGUAAAUGGAGAGGGAGAUGCUGGAUUUAUGUAUAACUGACUGUCAGUUCCUAAUGUUAAACCUCACACAGGUGUGCUAGCAUUAAACUACAGAGUGUCACAUACCUGAGUUUGAAAAUAAAAGCACCUUUCCAAACCUUU